CUUGUCAUUACAUGCACUUAGAGAACGAGUUCGUAAUGGACUGGGAAACAUGAGAAAUGCGCGUGUGCGGCGCAGACGGGCCAUGUCAUCUUUCUUAGCACGUCGGUUACCGUACAUCUGUGCACUGCUGUAUAUCAUAGGGUACUUGUGGCUUCUGAUUAUUCCCUCAAGUCUCUUAGGGAGAGGAGUCUACAUUGACGAGAAUGCACUUCAGCCGAAUCAGGUCAAUACAUAUUGGAAUUGGGCGGAAGUUCAUAGGGCGGACCUCUAUCUCAAUGACCUGGAAAAGCUACGUGAUCGAAAUGCCACAGGUUCAGAACGUGCAGAACACUUGAAACACGAGUUUGAGAAACUCGGGCUGCAUGCAGCAACGCAGGAGUACACGUUUACUACCGCGUCUGAGUCAAUUUCGGGCAUGAACGCAUAUGCAAUCUUUUCGGCGCCACGCACUUCUGGCACGGAGGCCAUGGUCAUCAGUGCAUCCUGGGCCAGCAGGAUGGGAGAGGGCUCGCUAAAUCUUAGAGGCGUUGCCACUAUUCUCGCAUUGGCAUCCCAUCUCCGAAGAUACUCACACUGGGCAAGAGACAUAAUCUUUGUUGUCGGAGACGACCACUUACCUGGCAUGCAAGCCUGGUUAUCUGCUUACCAUGCUGAGGUUCAAGCAAAUCUUGAUGUUCAACCACUGGAGUUUAUGUCGGGUGUCAUUUGGACCUCACUUAAUAUCGACUACCCUGGACACUCAUUCUCUCAUUUAGGUGUCUUCCAUGAGGGACUGAACGGCAGGUUGCCAAACCAAGAUUUAAUUAACUCCUUCCAGAUCAUUGCGCAAGGCACGGGCGGUGUACCAGUUGUGCUUUAUGACCAUUUGGACCCAAGAGAUUCUGACGAUAAAUCAUAUCCUCCCGCUUGGGUCCCAGCCCUGAUUCGAAACAAUCCGACGGCGCUUGAUUUCUCUGUCCGUGCUCGUAAUAUUGCUCGACACAUGUAUUACCAAGCAUCAGGCAAAGGGAGUGGUGUGCAUGCCUUGUAUCAUAGAUAUCGUAUAAAUGCUAUUACACUGUUCGCGGUCCCUGCUCAUGGUCCUCAUGGUUUUUUCACACUUGGAAAGACUGUUGAAUCGACGUUACGCACUAUGAAUAACUUGCUAGAACGGUUGCACGCAUCGUUUUACUUUUAUAUCUUGACCACUCCUAGGACCUUCUUGAAGAUUGGCCAUUAUCUUCCAAGCGUUAUCUUGAUCAGUGUCGCCACGAUGUUUACUGGUCUUCGGACCUGGGUCAAUGCCGGAUGGCGCAGAGAGGCUACAGAGAAGAAAUCUGUCGGAGACAGUGAUGAUGAAUGGAUCCAGCGCCGCCGCCCCGUCCUGAAUUCUCUUCUUGUUAUGUUGGCUACGCAUGCCAUAGGCGCAAUUAUCUUCCUCAUCUCAUGGAAGGGAUGGCUGUUCUCCGAGGGUUUCUUCAACUUCACCCUGACGCCAACUCAUGUUGGUGCAACAGUUGUGAAAUUAUUUGUUCUCUCCAACUUAUGCGCUUGGCUCUCAUACCGCAUGGAAUCAUCCAGUAAAUCAAUCGACGUCACUCCUCCGUCUGAAAUUUUACAAGCGCUUACUCUCUGCAUAACUUCGACACUCAUCUCCGUAAUGUCACUUCUCAACUUUUCACUUGCCGCACUUCUUUGCGUUGUACUUAUCCUUCCGCUCAUACUGUUCCUCCCUUCGUCGUCGGACUCACGCAUGUAUCGUGACAUCAAGCACAUGCUGCUCGUCAUCCAUUCAAUGUUUGUACUGGCUAUUAGCGUGAAUAGUGGUUCACUUUGGGACUGGAGCGUCCUCGGUGUCUGGUAUGCGCCGUUUAUGUCCAUUGUAUGCGUUCCGAUUUUGUUACAGGCUGCUAUCGUUUGUGCAUUAUCGUAAUUGAUAAUACGGAAAAGUAGAGGUUAUUUUUAUAUAGCCUCGUUUGUUGCUC